UGGGGGCGUUGAAAACGCGUGCGCGACCGGCGGUGCUUUUCCUUGCCGGCAGGGGCGGGACUUUCAGCGUAAGGGGUGGAGCCUGGCCGCCCUGUCUGACCCCGACCGCCCCGCACCGCGACCCCCAAGUACAUGGCGCGGCACGUGUUCCUCACGGGGCCUCCAGGGGUUGGCAAAACAACCUUGAUCCAGAAAGCCAUCGAGGUCCUGCAGUCUUCUGGGGUGCCCGUGGAUGGGUUUUACACACAAGAAGUCAGGCAGGAAGGGAAGAGGAUAGGAUUCGAUGUCAUCACCCUGUCUGGUGCCCAGGGGCCUCUGUCCAGAGUUGGGUCACAGCCUCUACCUGGAAAGCUCGAGUGUCGAGUGGGGCAGUACGUGGUGGACCUGGCUUCUUUUGAGCAGUUGGCACUGCCUGUCCUAAGAAACGCAAGUCCUAGCUGUGGUCCCAAACACAGAGUGUGUAUCAUUGAUGAGAUUGGGAAGAUGGAGCUGUUCAGCCAGGCUUUUAUCCAAGCGGUCCGCCAGAUGCUGUCCAUGCCAGGCGUUAUCAUCGUUGGCACUAUCCCAGUGACCAAAGGGAAGCCACUGGCUCUGGUGGAGGAGAUCAGGAAGAGGCGUGACGUGAAGGUAUUCAAUGUCACCAAGGAGAACAGGAAUAGCCUCCUGCCAGAUAUUGUGGCCGUCGUGCAAAGCAGCCGGACCUAGGGCAGUGCUGUUGGGGUCCAGCUCUGCCUCUGCCUGCGGUGGGUGGGCCCUGAGCAGCACCCAGUCAGUCCACUGUGUCCUAUGUGUGCUCCAGACUUCUAUUUCCUCUUACAGUUGUGCAUGCGAUUUGAGUAAAUUCGAAAACAAGUCUACCAAACAUUAGGUAGAACUUGCUCCCAUCAGGGUUUAUAACAUGUUUGGGGCUGAGGAAAGAUGGGAGUUCACUUCUUCAUUGACUUUGAGUGCUGGAGAUAUUAAACACCUCUCCAGGUGCAGCUCCAGACCGGUGCAGCUGAAAGCAGUAACAACUGGUUCUCUUCAAUUAUUUGCAAAGCGGAGGGGUGUUUAUUCCUCUGUUACUGACUAAUAAAAAUGGAAAUGAA